GACCAAGCUCAGAAGAAAAAUAAACAAAGAAAAAUCUCAAGCUUCAAUCUUCAGCCACUCGCCUGUCAUAUAUUAAUUUCAAAUUAUUCUCUCUGAAAAAAAAUCUCUUCUUUCAAUUUCCAUUGCCAAAACCUAAAAAAAAAUAGUCUCUCCUUUCAAUUUCCAUGGCCAAAACCUAAAAAAAAAAAAAAAAAAUCGCAGUUUAUUUAUGGCUUCCAUAUCCACAUGCUUCACACUUCCACCCAAGCCCCGCCUCUGUCUAAAGCCCUCGAUUUUCCCAAACCUCCGCAAAAAUUUCCCUGCCUACCAAACGCCGACUUUUCUCCCUGGAAAUCCGGCGAAAUGCCGGGGGCCGAGGGUUCUGGCGCCGGCGGUGAGAGCCGGCAUCGACUUGCCGAGCGGAAUCCGGCCCGGAGGCGCCGUGGAGAGCGACAAGCUGCCGAGCGACGUGAGGAAGCGAGCUAUGGAGGCCGUGGACGCCUGUGGUGGGAGGGUCACCAUUGGCGACGUGGCGAGCAGAGCUGGGCUCAAGCUGAACGAAGCUCAGAGAGCUCUGCAGGCUCUCGCUGCCGAUACUAAUGGAUUUUUAGAGGUGUCUGACGAAGGUGAUGUUCUCUAUGUUUUCCCUAAAGAUUACCGUGCAAAGCUCGCAACCAAAUCAUUAAGAAUAAAGCUUGAACCUUUUUUUGAAAAGGGGAAGGCUGCAUUCGAGUAUUUAAUAAGGGUUUCAUUUGGGACUGCUCUAAUUGCUUCCAUCGUUCUUGUUUAUACCACAAUCAUUGCCAUUGUUUCUAGUAGGAGUGAUGAGGAUAAUCGGGGACGACGAGGAAGGUCAUAUGAUACGGGAUUUACUUUUUACUUCAGCCCGACUGACCUUUUUUGGUACUGGGAUCCAUAUUACUACAGGAGGCGACGGGUAAAAACAGAUGAUGACAAGAUGAACUUCAUUGAAUCUACUUUCUCAUUUGUAUUUGGGGAUGGUGAUCCAAAUCAAGGAAUUGAAGAAGAGAGAUGGAAGUUGAUUGGCCAAUACAUAUCAUCAAAUGGUGGUGUCGUCACAGCUGAGGAACUUGCUCCAUAUCUUGAUGUAGAAACUUCAGGGGCGUCCACUGAUGAUGAAUCAUAUAUCCUACCUGUUCUUUUACGGUUUGAUGGUCAGCCCGAAAUUGAUGAAGAGGGAAAUAUUCUGUAUCGGUUUCCAUCUCUCCAACGCACAGCUUCUUCUCCAAGGAGUGGAAGAAAGGAAUAUGUAGGGAGAAGAUGGGCUGAUUGGGUUGGAGGAGUUGAGAAAUUUCUCAAGGAGAAGAAAUUGCAAUUCAGUAAAACUAGCACUUCUGAAAGAGCAAUGGUCAUUGGACUGGGUGGUCUUAAUCUAUUCGGGGUUAUAGUUCUUGGAACCAUGUUAAAGGAAAUGGCAAUUCCACCAAGUGGCUUCAUUAAAUUUGUAUCAGACAUAUUUCCUCUACUUCAGAUUUAUGCUGGUUCUUUCUUUGCAAUUCCUUUGUUCCGGUGGUAUUUCUUGCGGAAGAGGAAUACUAAAAUAGAAAAGAGAAACCGAGCAAGAGAACAACGUGCUCGAGCACUUGAACUUCCAGAUAUCUCCCUAAGGCGAAAGCUCCUGAGUGCGCGGGAUAUGGCUCAAAAGACAGUUAUAGGACAGGAUCAAAUCGUAUAUAGUACGGACAGGGAUUUUCUUGAGCAAGACAACAAGGCUCGUGAAUGGGAUAGACGAUUUCGAGAGAUAGAGCGGUCAGAUUGAGAAGCGGAUUCCGUUGAAAAUUUUAGAAUUUCACAGCUUUAAGUUCCCAACCUUCAUAUUUCAGUCUUCACUCGCCGAACUGUAGGUGGACUACAUAAUCCCAUUUCUUGCCGCUGGAAUAGAAUUUUUAACAUUGUAAAUAGCUUACACUUGCAUUAUUUCAAAUGAUGUGCCUUAAAUGUUUGGGGGAAUUUUGUUAUGAUAUUAUUUUUAUACCUUAUUUUAUGAUAAUUUGAUAAGAGUAUGGAAAGGGAACAUGCCAGCGUCAAAUUGGUUGUUUGUAAACCUUGAAAUUAAGCCUAAAAAUCCAGGAAAUCUCCCUUUUGUCA